AGAGCUCCCAACUCCUCAACGAAAUUCGGGUGAUCGAUUAAACAGUGCAAUGCUCAGAGAAACAAGUUAUGAUGUGAAAGAGUUGGAUGCUUAUAUAACAGCAAAUGAGCCACUGUUGGUGCCGGAUCAGAGAGCUGCAUACGAUGCGAUUUUGAAUCAGAUCGAGAAGAAAGCUGGUGGAAUAAUCUUCCUUGAUGCACCUGGUGGAACAGGGAAGACAUUUGUCAUUAAUUUGUUAUUGGCUAAAAUCCGGCAUCAGUCAAAGAUUGCGAUUGCGGUCGCCUCUUCCGGUAUCGCUGCUACGCUGCUUCACGGUGGUCGUACUGCGCACUCGACAUUAAAGUUACCUCUUAAGUUUUUGGAAAAUCAAACUCAUGUCUGUAGUAUUACCAAAGGAACUGGCGAAGCAAAGGUUCUGCAAGAAUGUGAACUUAUUGUAUGGGACGAGUGCACAAUGGCUCAUAGGUAUGCAUUAGAAGCUUUGAACCAUACUUUACAGGAUCUUCGUAACAAUGGAAAGAAUAUGGGUGGAGUAGUUGUACUUAUUGCUGGCGAUUUUAGGCAAACAUUACCAGUUAUUCCAAAGGGUACCAUGGCUGAUGAGCUAAAAGCUUGCUUGAAAUCUUCGUAUCUUUGGAGACAUGUUGUACCAUUAAAACUCAGUACUAACAUGAGAGUGCACUUACAAGGUGACGUAUCUGCCGGCCGUUUCGCUGAACAACUUCUCGCAAUUGGAAAUGGCAAAAUACCUGCUGACCCAGUCAGUGGACUUAUUAAUAUUUCAGACAACUUUUGCAAUAUCGUUGAAUCAGUCGAAGAACUCAAGAAUAAAGUGUUUCCAAACAUUCAAACUCAGUACAAGGAUCACAAAUGGUUAUGUGAACGUGCUAUUCUGGCUCCGAAAAACGUCAAUGUAAAUGCUAUCAAUCUACAAAUACAGCAACAACUUCCUGGUGAAGCUAUAUCUUACAAAUCAAUUGAUACAGUUAAAGAUAUCGACAUGGUAGUUCAGUAUCCAACUGAGUUUCUCAAUUCACUCGAACCUUCUGGAAUGCCACCACAUAACUUGCGUCUGAAAAUUGGAUCAUCUAUUAUGCUCCUAAGAAAUCUGGAUGCACCAAGAUUAUGUAAUGGUACAAGGCUAUGUGUCAAAACUCUAAUGCCUCAUGUAAUCGAAGCAACGAUCAUGACAGGUUGUGCAAAAGGUGAAGAUGUAUUCAUACCAAAAAUACCUUUGCUCCCUUCUGAUAUACCAUUCGAAUUUACACGACUUCAGUUUCCAGUACGGCUUGCCUUCGCAAUGUCUAUUAAUAAGGCUCAAGGGCAAUCACUUAAAGUUGCUGGUGUCAAUUUAGAAACUCCUUGCUUUUCUCAUGGUCAACUUUAUGUGGCAUGCUCGAGAGUAGGAACGGGAAAGAAUUUGUAUGUUUUUGCUCUAGAUGAAAAAACGAAGAACAUCGUGCACAAUUCAGCUUUACAAUGA